AUGUUCGUUGCCCGUUUCCUAUGGUUGUUACUAUGUUACGCUCAGAACGCGCGAAGCAAUCUCCUUGACGAUUAUGAAGAUAUCAUAAACAAUAUACUCUCGCCAGUUGAUGACAGAAGUGUCUCGCUACCUAUACAGUUGGGAGUGGAUAAGAGCUCCGGAUGCAUUUGCAGGACCAACAAAAACCAUAAGAUUAUCGUUUGCUUUGGAAACUAUGAAUGUCGCAGGUUUCCCAAGGUAAAACUCCAAAGCGACCUAUUACGAGUGAGAACAACAGAUAUGACCACAAUCCUCGCCGGAGAGCUCGAUUCACUUGGACAUUUGAAGGUUUUGCAAAUAGAAGCAAAUCACAGACUCCAGUACUUGGAGCCUAGUCUAUUCCGUAAUUUAUCGAAAUUGCAACAACUCUCAAUAUCCUACAAUACCAGACUCCACACAAUUUACGAAGGCACAUUUAUAGGUCUUACUAGCCUACACAAUUUGACUCUAGUCAACAAUGGUUUUACCAAUAUAUUAGAUUUAACGUUAGCAUUUAAACCAAGCAUUUUACCUUCAUUGAAAGGAUUAGAUUUAUCUGAGAAUUCUUUAGAUAUAAUACCAGAGAACGCUUUCCGUGCGAUGGAAGGCACGACAUUGAAAAGACUUGACAUUAAUCUAUGCAGACUGGAAUUCAUACAUCCAAAUAGUUUUCUACCACUUUUAAUGUUGAAAGAUUUGCGCAUCGGUGAAAAUGAUUUAAAUUCGACUCUGAUAGGUGACUUCUUAACGAAAAUGAUAGAAAAACGUAUAAAUUUAACCCAUCUUGACCUAUCUGGAAUGGGAUUUCGAAAGCAACCACCAAAAAAUUUAUUGAACAUAAUUUCAAAUUCAACUAUAGAGAGAUUGAUCCUGGCUAAGAAUCAAUUUGAAAUAAUUACUGAUGAUUCGUUUCCAGUGAUGGCAAAUUUGGAAAUACUGGAUUUAAGAAAAGUUUUAGCAAUAUCUAUAGCUCCUGAAGCAUUUAAUGCCAUAAAGUUUCCAAACCUACGCAUUUUACUGUUAGGCGGUAAUAACCUACCUGGAAUACAUCAGAAACAUAUUUCAAAUCAACAGCUUUUACUUUUAGACCUCUCAUCAAAUAAAGGUAGCAAUCUAAAUCCAAUGUAUUAUGAAAUUGACAGAGACACCUUUAUUUACUGCAAAGAACUGAGAGUAUUGAACCUUGCCUACAACAGAAUCAAAUCCGUUUUUGAUUAUACAUUUAGAGGCUUAAGCAAUUUAAAAAUACUCAGCUUGGAGAACGGAACAUUGUUUCAUAUUGGAGACGGCACGUUUGAGCCAAUGCGACAUUUAGAAAUGCUGAAUCUGGCGAAUAAUCCUCUUACAGCCAACCAAAAUUUAUCUAGUGCUCAAUUUGAAGGAUUGAAUGAGUUAAAAAUAUUGAUCCUUAAAAAUUGUGGAAUCAAACAUUUGUACGAUGACGAUAAUAUAUUUGAAAUGAUGCCACAUCUAACUCAUUUAAUUCUCAGAAAUAACCAAUUAUACUAUAUUACUACCGAAACACUAAAACCUUUGAAGCUGUUACAAGUGCUUGACUUGAGCGAGAAUCUUUUGGUUUCUUGGUGGAAAUCACUAUUUCUAACUUCUGGUGUUCGCCCAAUCAAUCUAUACUUAACAAAUAAUAAAAUUUCGCACUUUACUAUAAGCAUGAUGCAGGAUAUAAAUUAUUUAUUAGACAAUCCUCGCACAAUAAAUUCUUCCACUGAAAUAGACUUGAUGAACAAUAUUUUCAUUUGUGACUGCACUUCGAUGUAUAAAACAUACAUGUGGUUGCAAGUUAAUGGAACAUCACUUCUCAAAAGAUACUUUACUAGUUCAAGGUUUCAAUGCAGCAGCCCGGAUGUGUGGGAGGAUAGAAGAGUUGCGGAUUAUUUAACAUCUAUCAAAACUUUGCGUUGUUUAAUGUACGAAAAAAUUUCUAACAUCAUGCUUCUAAUAUGGACAGCACCAUCUGUAGUAACAAUUCUUUUGGUCACUGGAAUUAUUACAGGCGUUUACAAAUACAGGAUUUAUAUCAGAUACUGGUUGUUCCUUGCGAAAGUUGCUGUAGGAAGAAAUUUAAGAGAAAGAAAAUCAUUAAAAGCUGAAGAAACUAUUCCAAGCAAAGGCUAUAGAUUCGAUGCUUUUGUGUCCUACUGUAACGAAGACAGAGAGUUUGUUGCGGAAAUGAUUAAUCAACUAGAGACUAAGCCUCCAUAUUUAAAAUUGUGUAUAUACGAAAGGGACUUUGAGAUAGAGGACAUUUGCAUUUGCUUGCAGUGCACCUUGCUGAAGGUGUGUUAG